AUGUUCUCUCUGAAGGCGAAAAAUAUUUAUGAAGUUGCAAGGCCUCUUCUUAAUUUGUCGAGAUAUUUUGGAAUCAACGCUUUCACCAUUGAAGUUAAAAAUGAAAGAGUAACAGCUCGUGUAUCGUGGAUCGAUCUGACUUUAAUACUCUCAGCUAAUUUCAAUAUAAUUUUCUCGUCAAUCUGUUUUUUACACGUUUUUUCCGAUCUUACCAAGCUAGAUGACAUGUUUUAUUCUAAAAUAUACGAAAAAACGUUCAAGUGCUCGUACGUAUUUGCUUUCAUCACUUCGUUUGUGAUAUCCUGGUGGACAUUUUCAAAACGAAAUUCAUUAAUUGAUCUUUUCAACAAAUUGAUUGAAGCUGAUGCUGAGUUGGAAAAUAUGAAAGUUCCAGUAAAUUUAAAAAAAGUUAAAAAAUGUAUUUUAAUGUUCAUUUUUCUUGGAGGAUUUGUCAUAAGCAUAGCUUUCGUGAUCUAUUUGCCGAAAAUAAUUGCUGAAGAUAUUCAUUGGAUCCAUCAUUUCGGCAUGAUUUCAGCUCAAGCGACGACUUUUCAAAUAUUUCUAACAUUUCUUCAGUUUCAAUUUAUUGUCCAUUCUAUAAAGGCAAGAUACGUUUGCCUUAAUCGUUUCUUAACUGACAAUUUCUUGAAAUCUUCAAACAAUGUUUAUGUUGGAAAAGCGGCAGAUUUGCAUAAAGUUACGUGCAUUCAUGAAAGUUUGGUCGAAUGCAGUGAUUUGGUUAAUAAGUUUUAUGGUGUGCCGGCAAUGCUUUUAAUGGCACAAGAAUUUUGUUACACAAUAACAUGCAUUUUUGUUAACAUACAAUUUAUGUAUCAAAAUGAUUCAACAUUUACGUUUGUCUCCAUUCCUUCAUUGUUUUGGAGUGCUAAUUCAACGUUUAUAUUAUUCAUUAUGACAUAUUGGGGCCAUGUUGCAAGACAAGAAGCAAUGAAAACAGCUUCAUUGAUCCAUAAGAUUGCCAACAGAGACAAGCUGAACGUUCUUUCGCCAAAGAUUUUAAUACUUUCACAGCAGCUCCUUCAUCGUAUUCCAUUAUUUUCCUGUGGUUUAUUUGAUUUCGACCUAAACUUGACUUUCAAGAUGAUAGGAACUGCUGCAAUUUAUGUCGUUAUUCUAAUUCAAUUUGAUCAUGCACAAAUUGACAUGGACGAUAUAGAAGCUAAAAACGUUACAUUAAUCUAA